AGAGGAAUCACAGAAAAGGGUUGUUGCUGUGUUAAUUCCUCGUUCCUCUGUUCGUAAAAUUGUGAAGAGACUAAAAAGCGUAAGCGGAGGUGUGGCGUUUUCUCCAGCAAGCAUCGUGGAGACUGGAGAGAGAGCUUCGACGCUUUGUUUUGGGUUCAAUGCUUCGUUUCGUAACCCAGCUCACUGGUUGAUUAGGGCCGAACAACAAAUAUUACCUCACUGGCCGCCAUGGCUCUUCCAAUCGGGAAGCUCACCAUUCUCGUCGGUGCAGGUAUUGUUGGUUCAGUACUUGCCAAAGAAGGGCGAAUCCCGGAUGUCUCUGGUCUUGUCUCAGGUGCUUUCAAGAUUUUUUUGAAGCAAAAUAGAAGUAAUGAGUCUGCUCCAGCUGCUAAAAAGCCACCAAAUGAUGCUUUGAUGGCUCAGGUUAACAGCCUUCGUCAGGAACUACAACUUCUUGCUAGAGAUAGAACAAUCACAAUUGUAAAUGCGAGUAGAUCAGGUGCAGGAAAAUAUGGUACAGUAAUUAUUAUUGUUGUGGUGGGAUAUGGCUACAUUUGGUGGAAGGGAUGGAAACUUCCUGAUCUAAUGUUUGCAACAAGGCGUAGUUUAUUUGAUGCAUGCUCAAGUAUAGGUAAUCAGCUGGGCAAGCUUUAUGAAUCCAUUGAGGAGGCCAAGAAGAAGUUAUCUGCAAGAAUAAACCGCCUGGAUAGCAGUCUAGAUGAAUGUGCUGCUCUAACUGAAAAUACAAGGGUGGAGAUCUCUGAAAUACAAAGGGAAACAGAUACAAUGUGCGGGGAUUUUUCACAUGUUCGCGUUGCAGUCCGUGUUCUGGAAUCUAAAAUAAAAGAAAUAGAAGGGAAGCAGGCAUCUACAACCGACAGAGUAACUGAAUUGUGUCAAUUUGCCAUAAACUUGGAGAAUGGCAGACCCACAGAGCGCAUUCAGGCAUCUUGCUCCAGUUCUUCCAGGCCAGCUCUUGAUUUACCCCCAGUUUCACCCAGCACCAGGGCAUUACCAUCGAGUUCUUCAGGGCUGUCUUUAGAGCAACUAUCCGUCACACCCUCAUCAAGGACGGGAUCCUUGCCUCCAAAUUUGCCAACCGCUCCAGCAUCUCCCUCAUAUUCACCUGGACACUACCAGGAGAGCAAUGGAAUUUCAGACGCGAUCAAUUCCCCUAGCAGUCCUGUGGCUUCUAACGGGAUACCGCCUAAAGAGGACAAAGCCCCAUCAAGUACUGGCUUGUUUGGGCGAGGAUUUUCAAGCAUCUAUCCAUUACUUACAAGAACGCGUAGCGCAACUGAGGCAGUAUCACAACACACACGUUCCCGUGCUUCAUAAACCUGUUUUUCGUUUGAGUUGAUCAUACCUAUAUAUCCAUGUAAACCAAUGGACCUUACUCUGGGUGGAAUGUCUUCACCAAUUGGUGCGGUUGCUCAGAGUUUCCUAUUAAAGUUCUGCCCAAUAAGGUCAUAGGAAAAACGAGUGGGCAGUGAUUUUUGUAGAGAAGUCUUAUUUUACUGUUUUAGUAGGAUUAAACUAAAAUCAUUAGCUGGUCUGGUACUUAUUGGUGACUUUUGGAAAAGCAACGGAAGGUAAAGUGGCCGUUGAACUGUUACAGACGCGUUUAUUCACCAUACCAAUAUGAAUAGAGUACAGACUUGUAACCUCUGGUUUUAAGUUUUAACGAACUGUUUUGGAGGUUUUCCCUCCAUUUUGGUUUUAUGCUGAAUCUGCUUUUUAGGUGCUUGCUGGAAUAAACAUGUCACAAUCCCAUUGUAAUGGGCAUAUGCUGUUAUCUAGGAGUUUUGCAAUAAAGUAAUUUAUCUUGGAUUCCUGUUUG